AUGAAGGUCUUCUCUUCCGGUUGCACCUUCAACUACUCAUGGGACGAAGUAUCUACUGCAAACUGGCGCAAGUACUGUCCCUGGAAUGACAAGUCUACACACGUCGUCGGCGUAGAUACACUCUCCCGCACAGUCGACCCCAGCACUGGCAUUCUUCGCACUGAGCGUCUUAUCACAUGUGACCAAUCUGUACCACAAUGGGUCCUCUCGAUACUUGGAGGAUCGAAUACCUCCCACGUUUACGAAAUCUCCUAUGUCGAUCCGAUUGCGAAGAAAGUCACCAUGUGCUCCACCAAUUUGACAUGGUCAAAUGUCCUCAGCGUCCGCGAGACCGUUGUUUACCGGCAAUCAUCCCUCAACCCGUCUACCACAACUGAAUUCAACCAAGAAGCGAAGAUCACUGCUCUUUGUGGGGGGUGGCAAAAGAUCAAGAACAAGGUCGAAGAGGCGAGCGUGGAUCGAUUCCGUGAGAAUGCCAAGAUCGGCCGCGAGGGAUUUGAAACCGUCCUCGAGAUGAGCCGUCGCGUCUUUGGCGAACAGCGCGACCUUGAAAAGCAGCGCACGCAAGCAUGA